AUGGCACCCAAGGGCCACUUGGAAGAGCAGGAUAGCGAUCCGAAGAAGAAGGCCGCGGCCAAGGCCGCCAAGGCGGCCGCCAAAGGAAAGGCGAAAGUCGCACCUGCCCCAGCCGCCGGCCCAGUGGCUGGAGCAGCCCAGCCACGGGAAGCGGCGGAAAUCCCGCCGGGAUGUGAAGAACACCGCUACUGGGAUGGAGGUGUGAACCAGAGCCUCAUCUGCAAGGUGAAUGAUGCCGUCGCCACGAUCCUGGACAAGUUCCCCGGCAUCCAGAAUGAAAAGCCGCUGGACAUCUCCGACGGCGGUUCCGAGAAGGCGUUCGACGCAGGCGACUACCACCGGGCGAUGACUGGUGCUGGAACUUACCGCUGUGUUGGCAACCUCUUCCUGAUAAAUUUCGCCUACAGCCCCAGUCGGAACGUACCGGUGGCUGAAACAGCACUGAUGGAGUGCAAGGACAAGAUCUUCAACUUCCGUUGGGAGAAGGGAACCCUCAAGAACUAUCCCUUUGAGAUAUCCAUCGCAGUGAUGGACACCUCGCCCUUGGAUCACCCCGCGGGCUUGCUCCGCGUCAGCCCGGAAGAGUACGAGCAGGCGUUCUUGUUGUGGAUGGCCGAGAAGUUGGACAGUGGCGCAGAUGACACGGACAAGGAAGCAAUGAAGCGAUUAUUGACCUCGAUCCCCUUCCGAUUCCAUGUUUUAGCCAGCGAAGACGCAAGGUUUUUCCACAUGGCCAAUCUUCGAGAGGUAGUGAAGUCGUUCAAGCUCGUGGGCAGAUCGGCGAUCCAACGGAUCUUCGAGCUCGAAGGCUUCAGGUUGCGCAAGCUGAAAAGCCACGGACCGGGUGGAUGCGACCCAGCGCAGCUGGCACAGCAGUUCAUGAAGGAGCUGCCAACGACAUCCGGCGAAGAAGAUGUGACGUCCGAGACUUAUAUCAAAAACGCCUUCAAAGUCUUGGAGAAUGUCUUGGCCGUGGAUGAGGUGAAGCAGAUCAUUCUGGCACUCAUGGCGAAGACCAAAGAUGCCGGCCAACUGGCCUGGGCGGUGGAUGCCAUCAAGUUCUAUGUUGACCGGAAAUUCGCCACCUCCGGCGAAAUGUCCGCGAGGAACUUGACUGGCAAGACCACCAACAACAGAGGGCUGCUGGACGUCAUGCUGGAGAAGCAGAAGAUGCUUGAGCACCUCUUGCAUCAGUGGCUGGAACAGCAAGCCUUGGACGCGGAGUCCAAGGCGGUGAUCCGUUCGGUGAGCUCGCCCGGCAGAGCUGCGAAGUUUUUCGACAAGAACUCCGCGUGGAAGGGCAGCGUCCAGCCAGGCUCGCAGGAGAUCCUUGACUUCAUGCGCGGAGUCAUCUUUGGCCCGCGCUUCGACGGGCAGCUGAGGCAUCUCAUGAAGAGUGGGAAGACUGCUGCCGAGCUCUUCGCGACGGAGCCCUUCCAGUCGGAGAUACUCCGUAUCGAGGAGGACGUGCAGCAGCAUGCCCCAGAGGCUGUUGCUGCGGCCGCUGGAACAGCGCGUGCGCCAGCUGCUGGAACAGCAGAGGAGGAGGCGGGCUUCGCGGACAUGCUCACCUCCGUCUUGACGGCGGAGGAGCUGGAGAAAGACACCGACAGCGCUGUCGAAGGCUUCCUAGAGAAGGCAGACUCACUCGUCCGGCGCUACAUCACAACGGUCACUGAGGUGGAGUCCGGCUCGGAGUUCGUGGACAUGCUGAAGGAGAAGUCCGUGUGGAAGAUGAGCAGAGUGGGCGUGAUGUAUGCCGUGCAGCACGCAGGCGAGAGCGAUUCGCUUCCCCACUGUCGUACCCCGAGAUUUCGGUACGAGCACAUGCGGAAGUACUUCAACGGCAUCUUGGGUCGGAACGGCGAGGGAGAUGAGAGCUUUCCUUCCAACAUGCUCUUUUUUUGCUUUAAUGCUGGGCAUUUCGGGCACAAUGAAACGUUUCUCAAGUGCAUGACGGAUGGGAAUGGAAAAGCACUUCCGAAGCGGCGCGAGACGUUGUUUCUGCAGUUCGAUGAAGAGUCGCUGCAACAGCGCCGAGGCAAGAAGCAGGGAGUGCUUGCUUUGGUUCAGGGUGCUGUGGUGUGCGCUUCUCCGGACAUCACCAUGGUGCCCCCGGACCUGCAGGAGCGGAUGCACUUUACCAGCACAAGUCCUGCCACGAAUGUGAUUCAGGGAAUCGGCGUGCCUCCGUACGACCAGCUUUGGCUUGUCAACAAGAAAGAGAAGUCGAACAUCAUCGCAGGAGGCGGCGUUGUCCGCGCAGGUGGCACGAUCCCAGAUGAGGAGAAGACGGAGCGACCGGACUUGUCGCAAGAUCGU